AUGAUGCAGAAGCAGAUUAAGUCCGACAAGACAAAGACCACAUUAUCUACCUCCGCUUACCAGCUCCUCCUCCUUAUUCAAUCUACGAUCACAUGGCAGAAGACAAAGGCAAACGGUAAAGCCAAAUGGGUUCUGGAUCCCGCAUACCUCAAAAUUGGCAGUAGAAGCUUCGCCUGCGCUAUGAUUGACAUUAGCGUCGGGAUUAAGAAGAACAGUUUGGCCCUUUAG